CGCCUCCCAUUAAAAUGUUUUGCUUUAGUGUAAUUUCUUUAGUAGUUUACAAGCAGCAGUGAGUGCACUGCGUCAGUUUCAAAGCUAUAAAUUUUAUGUCGAUCGCAAUUUAGCGUGAAAGAUGGAUCGUACACGGGUUUGGAGACGCUUCUUCAUCUUCACUGCGACGGUUAUUUUAGCAGCUGUUGGUUGCGUGGCUUACGAGUCUUCUUCGGAAGAACCAGCAAAUGGAUCAUCACUCUGUUCGCAACAGAUGUGUGUGUUUUUGUUUGAUCGACUUGAAGAGCAGUCGAUUCGUUUGCACAACAUUGAAGAUGCCCUUAUGCGCACAGUGUCGAUACUCGCGUCUGUUAAGGACCAGGAAUUUUCCGCAGCAAGUGCUGCCUUGAAAUCGGAUCCUCUAUUGAAUUCUUUACUGACUGCAGAUGCUUACGAUCCAGUCGCAUCUAUCCUGUUACGUUCAGAUCAAAUAACGAAUUCACUGGAAUCCCCAAUAAGAGGGAGGAAAAAGCGACAAACUGGAAGAGAACAUAUGACUCCAAGGGAAAGACUGGCCGUAGCUUUAAAAUGGGCAAAGAAAAGCACUAGUAACGAUAUCAGUACCAGCACCAGCCAGAUUCCGGUAACCGCUAGUUCUGUGGAAUUAAACGCUGGAUUUAAGUUGCUGUCAACAAAUGAGGAUACACGACAGGGAAUUGUCGUUGAAGACGUCGUUAACACAUCGUCACAAGGCAGCGCACCCACCGUGGGUAGAGAUUUCAAUAAACUUUCGAGAUCUGCUGUUGAGAUGGACAUAAAUAAAGAUGUAAAGCGGACAACAUUGCGCAGAGAAAUCCAAACUACGUCGCCACAACCUGAAAUAAAAAACAGUAGGCUGUACUCUAAUUCUGCAUUCACUAUUACUGAAGCAACUACACCGACCUAUCCCACAACGACUACCGUAAAUGUUCCCGGAACGCUUCCCACUACCAAAAAUGUGAACAGUAAUUUAGCACCAACGUCAGCAGAUCAGCUGGCUACCAAAAAAUUUGUCAAAGAUGUUGUUGGCGAUCUUACAGGCGCGAUGAAGUGCGCAAUGGCUCAGUUUGAUGAAUCUAACGUUUCAGAACCAAUCGGUAUUUUAUCUGAGCCCCAAGCCACACUGAAUCCGGAUAAAACACUGACUGUGCAGUUUGAGUUGAAUAGUUGUAAAAAGUAUUGGAUAUCUGUGUGGAUUCGAAUCUCCCUUAGAAACGAGUUAAUGAUCCUGAGGAGCAGAAAGAAUAGCAAGGCCAAGGAUGACAGUCAUUUAGUCCUGCAAGUUCCAAAAGAGUGUUUUAAUCAAACAGGAGACGAAUACUCAAUUACUUUGCCAUCAAAAGCUAAAGCACCAUGCACAUUUCCCUUGGCCAGACUGAUGGAAUGCAAAGUCUACAAUGUCGAAAUCAUUCCUAUCUACGUUUCACUUCAGGGUCAGCCCUCUAUUGUCGAGAUUACAGUUCCUCCUCAAUUGGCAGGAAAUUCUACUGAUCUGGUUUCUUUUGAACACACUCCGUUAUCCAAUUCUACUCAUAUGCUGGGUUUACAAUGGUCGGCUCAGUCCCGUGAUUGCGCUCAGUUAAUGACGUCAGUUAACCUAAAAAUUUAUGAGGACGCAUCGGAUUCCAUGUUGCGUUCUUACUCAGUUCCCUCGGAGUGCAUCGGAAACGCAUAUCAAAAUUCGUUUUCUGUCUCAUUUUCAUCUCUUGAAAAGGAAAACAAUAUUUGCAGCAGUAUCAAUUGGGAGCCACUUGACAUUUGUCGAAAGUAUAAAUUGGAAGUCGAACCCGAAUAUUUCUCUUCUUUUAGAGGAAAAUCAUCUUCUCUUGAGAUUUUUACAUCGGGAACAGACCUAUCGAAUUGUUGCUACAUGGUUACUUCUUCGUCUGGCGUUUUGCGUUCCCUCAAUAAUGAUGGGAACUAUAACGGUUGCACUUGGCUUAUAUCAGUAGAAAAAGAUUCUACAAUUUGGCUGACGUUUACGGAAUUUUUUAUUGAAGGUUCCUACUACAUUGUGAAGGUUUAUGAUGGGCCUUACUCCACAAGUCCUUUGCUGCUGGACCGUUACGGCAGUGAACCGCCCAAAGCUAUACGAUCAAGAAGUAACAAGCUUUUUGUUCAAUUGUCCCCACAAUAUUACAGGAGACAGGAGUAUGGAAAACAAUUCACGGCGCAUUAUAUCACUGUUAAGCGAACAAGUACUCCAUAUGUUGACGGAUGCGGUGGAUACAUUGUGAAUACAGGAAAGAUUUUAAAGCCUACCUACCCUCCAAGCGAAAACAGUAGUGCCGAGUGUGUAUGGUACAUUGAGAAUACAAGGCCGGGAAACACCAUAUUACUAACUAGUCAAUCAAAAGCGAUUGUUCCUUUCCCUAUGAUUGUUUACGAUGACUGGUCUUCUGAAGGAACCGUUAUUUACAAUGGUUCAUCAAGAGCCUCAAUUUACUCCUUUAGUAGAAAAUCACUCAUAAAAUUCCCAGCUUGGAAUUCUUUAGAAAGAGAAAGGGAAUACUCUUGGAAUGUUAUAAGUUCGCGGAACAAUUGCUCAUACAAUUUGACUAGCUCUAGUGACACGUUUUAUAGCCACACAGAUAAUAACGUAUAUUCUUCGCUCCUGGAUUGUCGCUGGGAAAUCAGUGUUGACGAUUAUUCUCAGAUCCGAUUAACAUUCGUGUACUUUGAUACUGAAAAAGAUCAUGAUUUCGUUUCGAUUUACGAUGGAUCAACUUUCUACUCUCCACUCCUUUUAGAACUGUCAGGGAAAAAAUCGAAACCAGUGUCAGUGACUAGCACGACUAAUAAAUUGCUUGUUCGAUUUUCAACUAACGAAAACAGUUCCAAUGAUGUUUUUUUCAAAGGUUUCUUAGCAUUUUAUACCACCGUUCCGAUCGAUGAAAGUUCCCCAAAACGAGUACAGUAGUCGCUGACACCCAAUCUUCCAUGGAAUCAAAACAACGUGGUACUACAAUUACUGAAAGGUACUUACCAUUCGGUACUACAGAAAACUGGUCCUCAGCUUCUAUCAAUAAGCAAACGUUGACGUCUACAUCCCCAUCCCCAUACCACUACUGGAAACGAUGAUUCUGAAUAUUCAGCAAGUUGUUCAUAUACACAUAACCUGCAUGAUCCCCACAUUGGACGUUUUGUUUGUCCGAUGUGCUACCGGACUAUGCUAAAUUUGUUAUAGCAGAAAAAUUUUCGGUUUAAUAAAGCGAAUCAAAUUUA